GAGGAGGGAGCGAGAGGGAGGUGUGGGGAGCAGAGCGGAGAGGGGGGCCACCGGGGGGCGAGCGCAGCUCCGCGGCCCCCACCCCUGCGCGUACCCGCGCGCACACGAACACACUCACUCGCUCGCACGCCCCGUAGACCCCGGGCCCGGCUGCGCGGAGCGGCGCCCACAGAAUGAAAUCACUGCAGCUGCAGGGCCAGAAUGGAUGCCCGAGGGCGGCGACCGUCCUCAGGCCCGGCAGGCGAGCGAGGAAAGGACGGAGGCUAGCUUCGCUCUCAGCGUUGGGCGCUCGAGCUCAGUGCACCCGCGGCUCCACCUGACCGCGCGGCUGGGACGCGGGGACCACUGGCGGAGACCAGGCUCUGGGUCCGCCGCACGGCCUGGCGGCGGUUCCCUCCCCCGCGGCCCUGCUCGCGCCGCCCCGCGCGCUGCGGGCAGGUCGGCCCUGGGUGCUGGACCGGGAGCCGAUGGCCGCACCGGCGAGGACAGAACGGAGUCCCAGGCCCCAGCAAUCUCCCGCCCCGGCUUCUCUCCCUCCCGCUCCAGGCCGGGCCUCUCGGUCACACCGCCCCUUUAACGGCGGCUCCCGCCCCGCCCGCCCUCCUGGCGCUGCUAUUGGUCGCUGUGGCCUCGUCAAUCCGCCGCUCCCGCCCCUAGGCCGCCCAGCCCCGCCUCCCCGGCGCCCCAGGAGCUCCUCGCCGCCCAGGCAUCUGCCGAAUGUGCCCGCGGGCCGGGCCUGCCAGCCUGAGGCGUUUCGCCCGCUCGCUUGGUGCUGCGGCUCCUCCGCCGGGCGGACAGCGGCGCCCCUGGGAGUAGAGCAGCAAGCGUUGGGAGAGCCCAGGCCGUGGGGUCACGUCGCCCUGGGCUAGUCGCUGGCCAGAAGCCGGACGGUACCCAGAGAGGCCAUCGACUCCCCGGGGAUCAGAGCCACUCCCAGCAACUUUAAGACCCCAAGGACUGCGGGCCCGGGCAUUCGGUGCUGCCCGAGACGUGGCUAGCCACUGGGUAGUCACUCCGGAGGCCGUGCGCGGUGGAACAUUUCAGGCGAUAGCCCGUCCCGGAGCGCGCGGCAGGGAGCAGCCCGGGGGCCUGUCUCUUGCGGGGUUUGGCAUUCUCCCUAUUCCUUCCCCUCCCUUGCUGAACCUACUUUGUGGUAUUGAAAACAGGUAAAGGACGGCGGGCAUAGAUAGUCAAACUUACCGGUCUCUUCAAUUCUCUGGACUCUCACCCAGACACCGCCCCCACACCGGGCGGUGGUCCCCACCCACCCCUGGGCGCACUUAGUUCCCCCCGCCGCUCGCCUCCUGCUCCGAUUACAGCAGUAAACAUUGGGCAGUGCCCCCCCACGAGGGUGGGGGUUGUUUGGAAGUCAUUUAAAGACCGUGUCACCCUCGGGGUAGAUGCCCAGUAGUCGAGUCUGCUGCCACGAGGAAUUGAAACGUGUGGGACGCCAGCAGCCAAGCAAGGCUCAGGCCAGAGUUUGGCUGAGGGUCAGGCUCAGGGCCUGGGGAAAAGAAAUCGUCAGACUCGUAGGGCUUAACCUUUCCAUAGGUAAAUAUCACUUCUCCGGGAGUGAUGAGCUGGCCACGAAGCUGCUUCCCGUGCGGCCCCCGGCCAGCCCCCUCGACCCUGAGGCUCCUGGCUGCACCCUGAGCCGCUGAGGACAUUUCCUGUCCCUCCGCCCGAAGCUCGUGCUCUCGAGGUAACCAGAGAGGGAACUGCGGAUCCCCAGGCUGCAGAGGUGUGAAGGGACAGUCUAAGACCAGCGCCUUU